AUGGGCUCCAUCGCUGCUGACGCCGAUCGCCGGCCGCACGCCGUGUGCGUGCCGUUCCCAGCUCAGGGCCACGUCACGCCGAUGCUGAAGCUGGCCAAGAUCCUCCACAGCCGGGGCUUCCACAUCACCUUCGUCAACACGGAGUUCAACCACCACCGCUUGCUCCGCUCCCGCGGCGCCGGCGCGCUCGACGGCCUCCCGGACCUCCGCUUCGCCGCCAUCCCGGAGGGCCUGCCCCCGUCCGACGCCGACGCCACUCAGGACGUGCCGUCGCUCUGCCGCGCCACCAUGGAGAACUGCCUCCCGCAUUUCAGGAGCUUCCUCGCCGAGCUCAACUCCUCCCCGGACGUGCCGCCGGUCACUUGCGUCGUCGGAGACGACGUCAUGAGCUUCACUCUGGAAGCAGCCCGAGAGAUCGACGUGCCGUGCGCGCUCUUCUGGACGGCCAGCGUCUGCGGCUACAUGGGCUACCGCUAUUACCGCGACCUCAUGGAGAAGGGCAUCUUCCCGCUCAAAGACGCCGAGCAGUUGACGAACGGGUUCUUGGACACGCCGGCGGACUGGGCGCCGGGGAUGGGCAAGCACUUCCGGCUCAAGGACUUCCCAAGCUUCAUGCGCUCGACGGACCCCGACGAGUUCCUGUUCCACUUCGUCCUUAAGGUGACGGAGCAGAUAGCCGGCGCGGACGCCGUUAUCCUCAACACCUUCGACAAGCUCGAGCAGGAGGCGCUCGACGCCAUGCGCGCCAUGAUCCCGUCGUCCGCGUCCAUCCACACCAUUGGCCCGCUCGCCUUCCUCGCAGAGGAGAUAGUACCCCGGGAAGACCCGGCCGAUGCGUUUGGCUCCAACCUCUGGAAGGAGGACGUCUCCUGCUUCGACUGGCUCCACGGCAGGGCGCCCAGGUCGAGACAAGCUAACUACCGACACAACCUGAGAAGUGAGAAGCACAAGAACUGA